AGUACAUAGUUAUUCUUGCUUGCUUCACAGCGGUCGCUGUUAUUGACAGUUAUUUAAAGAAUACGAUGGUAUUUGACUGGUAAAUAAUGUAAUCAAGAGGAGGUUAUCCAAUCACGGAUGGUCAAUAACACAUGGCAAGCAACUUCAAAUUUUGUUUUUGACGCGCACCAUGGCAGCUCGCUCAAGCCACAAUGAAGAGCGGAAUCUCCUUCGCAUCCGAGAGUGGGAGAGGCGGAAUCAGGAAGCCCUCCAGGAGAAGGAGUUCUACCAGGAGAACGUUCCCCUUUUUGGGGAACCCUACAAGACAAACAAAGGAGAUGAGCUUUCCAGCCGUAUACAGAGGAUGCUGGGUAGUUAUGAAGAUGUGAAAAUCUCCAACUCUCAUCUGUGUUUGGACAGUAGCUUCUCUAAUGACCCAUCUCACGUCACCACAACAUAUAGGCGGCCAUCUCACAGCCGAGACAGAGUGAAGCCUGCAUUCCAGCACACUCCUCUGUACGGGGCAGGCCAGAAUGGUAGUGGUGGUCCCUCCAUUAGCAGGCAAACUUCACAGCCUCUGAAGAGGCUCCCUGUUCCCUCCUCCCACACCCAGUCCUCACUGGGUCUCAGUCAAGGCCAGGCCAGCCCUAAUCCCCUCCAGGGGAAAGCUGAACCCUGCCCCUGGCCAGACCUGAGGGAGUGUGCCAGUCUUACUCCAGUCCUCUCCACCCUGUCCCCCCCAACUGAGCCCCUAUCCCCCCUACAUUCCAGUGACCCCAGCGACUCUGAGCCCCAGGACACCCCUGACAGGCACCAAGGAUCCCCACUGCACACCGAGAGGCACCCGGCCUCCCUCCUGCACCCCGACUCCCCUGUCCCAAUGGAGGGGUCCCCUCUGGAUGACCCCCAGAGAGAUAUCCCACUUCUGGCCAUCGAGGGAGCAACAACCCUGCCCUCUCAGACAUUCCCUCUACCACUGGCCUCUAAACCAAAUCUGGUCAUGCCCCAGAAGCCCACAGCCUACGUCCGGCCCAUGGACGGCCAGGACCAGGUGACCAGCGAGUCUCCGGACCUUAAGCCCUCUCCUGAAGGCUUCCAUGGACAGUCUUAUCAUGAACCCUUAGCCGACUUGAAAAGCUCCAAGCCCAGCCUUUCCAAACUGAAGAUUCCAUCACAGUCUAUAGAGACUCUGUCAAAUAAAGCUCACUGUGUGGAGGACAUUCUGAGGGAAAUGACCCACUCUUGGCCUCCUCUCCUGACUGCCAUCCACACACCCAGCACAGCUGAGCCCUCCAAGUUCUCCUUCCCAGUCAAGGAAGCACAGCACGUCCCACCUGCAUUUCCAGGACAAAAACAUUAUGGAUCACCUCCGCUAGCCUCUUCCUCCAGACUCAUCUGUCAACAGAGCUCAUCGUCCUUCAGUACGGUUGUAGCAACACAUUCCAGUGGGGUGGAGUCAGCCAGCUCCAGUGACUCCGAGAGCAGCUCAGGGUCAGACUCAGACAGUGAGAGCAGUGAGAGUGGGACAGAGGAGGCCCCACAACCCAUCAGGAGCAGCAGCCCACCAGUACCCAAGGCUGAAGGCCCCGUGGUGACUAACUGGCAGCUGAAUAACUGGAUCCGAGUGAGCCAGCAGAACCCUAUCACAGAGAGCCAGAGUGACACUGUCCAAAGCCCUUUACCGAAACAGCAGCAGAGCCAUGACUCAGAGGAGGAGGCCAUUCCUCCCAGGGACUACAAAUCCCACACACCACCACAAUACCCAGAGUUCAGCGAUAGUGAAGCCAAACCUCCAGGAAGUGAGGACGUUGCCUGCAAACAGCAUGUCCGCCACAAGUCCCCGGCCGUCUCACAUGUUGGGGACAGUAGCAGCCAGAGAAAAACUGUGGGGAACAAACAUCCCUCCAGACCAGUUAAGGCUCCCCGUCCUGAGGACUCCCAGGCUGGGCUGCGGGUGGAGAGUGUGGAGGUGGCGUCCCGCGACAAAGAUCCCUCGUUCACAGACAGGCCAAAGGUCAAAACGAAAACCGGGCACAGCAGCAAGAGUGGCAGCGCCAUAACGGACAGUAAGAAGCCUGCCAAGCGCAACUCUUUGGAGAAGAGGAAGACUAAACAACCAGAGUCUGGAAGCAGUGGUCCCAAGAUGACUCUGAUGCUGGACUGUAAGAGGGAGAGGUCUCGCAGUCCCAGCCCUGCCCGGGUGGUGGAAACCUCUGUCAGUGUCAGGAAAGAGACCCUCCCGGACCCUCAGAAGGGCCAGAAAACGCCCAGGAGCUACUCUGCAGCUGCAGCACACCAGGCCAAACGGGAGUCCUCAGCCAAAGCUUCCAGGGCCCCCCAGGGACCUCCACAUGCCCUGCUGGUGAAGAUUGAGCUCAAUCUGCUGUCCAGGGUCCCUCCCCAGGGCUCCAGGCCUUCUCAUGGAGGCCAGGAACCAACCAGCAGGAAGAGACCCAACACAGCCCCAGAGAGGGGAGACGGGGACCCUGCUUCCCCCAUCACUACCAAAGUCUGCAAAAAGAGACCGGCUGAGAAGGAUGCGAAAUCCCUGCCAAGGAAGAAGCCAAAACUGGAGAAAGAUCCCAAACACUCCUCUUCAUGUCUUGGUUCCUGCAAGUCUGUGACGCCCAAGAACCCUGGAGAGGAGGAGGUGGAGAGGAAGCGGUCGAAGAAGGGGGCUUCUGUCCAUCUGCAAGACCCUGGGAAAGAGCCGGGGAGGCGCAAGCGGCAUGCAGGGGAGACCCCAGAGCCCAACGAUGCCUCAGCAGCCAAAAGCAAGGACAGGGAGGCCUCCACUCCCGUCAAACACAAGAAGGGCACUGGGAAACGACACACAGAGCAUUCCAAGACUGGCAAGGCCCCCAAGAGCAGCUUUGCCUUCUCUGUGCCUGCCCAGCUCACCGGGGGUUCCCUGUCCUCCAGACCCCUGCUCAAGGUCGAGGACAGGCAGCACCCGGUGGAGUAUCAUAUGAAGGAAGCCAAAAAACUGAAGCACAAAGCAGAUGCCACGUCUGAUAAGGUGGGCAAAGCUUUCAACUACCUCGAUGCUGCCAUGUCCUUUGUGGAGAGCGGCAUCGCUAUGGAAACCGAUCCCCAGACCCCGAAGUCGGCAUAUACGAUGUUUGCUGAAACCUUGGAUCUGAUAAGGUUCAUACUGAAACUGAAGGGCUCUGUGGACCCCUCUGCCCCUGUUACAGACAAGGAUUUUACAAUAUUAUGUAUGAGGUGCCAGUCCCUUCUACAGAUGGCCAUGUUUCGCUACAAAAGAGAAACGGCACUUAAGUAUUCAAGGACCCUCACGGAUCAUUUCAAGAGCUCCUCCAAGUCUGCAGCCCCCUCCCAAUGUGUCUCAAAAAGCACGGGCACACCAUCCCCCAUGUCUCCCAUGCCGUCUCCUGCCAGCACAGCCAGCUCUGGGCCAGGCUCCAAUCACAGCAGUGGGGUGGGGAUGGGCAAUGUGAGCACUGUGGCCAUUCCCCAGGUCAUCCAGCAGGUGGCAUCGUCCUACGUCAACAUCACAGCACUCUUCCUGAGUGCUCACGACAUCUGGGAGCAGGCUGACGAGCUGGCACACAGAGGCAGUGGUUUGUUGUCUGAGCUGGACUCAGCUCUGGGCCAGUUGAGCCUGACCUCCACCAUGAGCUCUCUGGUGCGUCACACACGGCAGGGACUGCAGUGGCUCCGACUGGACACCUGUGAGACACAGUGACUGUUUCUCAACCCCACCCAGCACUACACAGCCCUGCUUACUCCUGCCAUACUCCUACAGUACCCAGCCCUGGAUAACCCUGUCCGGGACAUCCUAUUUGGCUUUAUUUAUUGACAGGCCAUCAGGCGAAAGCAGGAUCCCAAGUCCCUCCUCUACAAGUUGUUCAUAUGGAUACAAAGUCAACUUUUAUUAAAUUUUUCCCAACUACCUAUGAAACUGAUGUUCAGAGACCCUGUGUCCCACACACUUCCGGGUCCUCGUCCUCUGUUGGUCAUAUGGAUGGGUCCAUUAACAAAACAACUAUCACAUCCACCUCUGGAUCUCUGGAGGCAGCAGGGCCUGCUAGACUUGUAGUGAGCUGAAUGAGACUCUCCCUUUCUGAAUAAUUUAUCACACAGCCAACUGACUGUGGCCUGGCCACCCCUCUGGGCCCUGUAUCCCCUGGGGGUUAGACAGUGGGAAGGUUGGCUGAAGAACUGACUUUUGGGAGGGGUCAAAGAGUCCUCCCACCCUUCUCUGUGGUAAUGCAAAGCAGUGAUGAUAAAAAGCUUAUUUAUUAGCCUUAUUAUAUUAUCACUAUUUUUAUAUUGUUUCAGUCAAAUUUAGUUUGAUCAAAAGCGGUGUCAUGGCCAAUAUUUACUUCACCCAGCUGAAAAGGCCUAUAGAACUACAGGUAUCCAUCCAUCCAUCCCAGACCCAUCCUAUAAUAAUAGUAAUAAUAAUAUUGGUCAACUCCUGCAGAAUAUAACCAGUAUCUCUGCGCUCCAUAAAGUAUUUCUAAAUUGGUUUUGCCCUGAAAAAUUGACAUGCCACAAGAUGGCCCUGGUCACUUUCUGUGAAUAUGUUUGUUUAUUAUUCUUCUUCUCUUUUCUCUUCAAAGGAGAUUGAAUCUACCUGCCAGGACGGGUCCACUAUGUUAAUUCAGUCAAAACAGAAAUAUAGUGCAUUCAGAAAUUAUUCAGACCCCUUGAGUUUUUCCACAUUUUGUAACGUUAAAGCCUUAUUCUAAAAUGGAUUAUAUUGUUUGUUGCCCUUCAUCAAACUACACACAAUACCCCAUAAUGGCAAAGCAAAAACAAGUUUAUAUCAAUGUUUUCAAAUUAAUAUAAAAAAAUGAAAUCACAUUUACAUAAGUAUGCACACCCUUUUUCAGUACUUUGUUGAAGCACCUUUGGCAGCGAUUACAGCCUUGAGUCUUGGGUAGGAUGCUACAAGCUUGGCACACCUGUAUUUGGGGAGUUUCUCCCAUUCUUCUCUGCAGAUCCUCUCAAGCUCUGUCAGGUUGGAUGGGGAGUGUCGCUGCACAGCUAUUUUCAGGUCUCUCCAGAGAUAUUUGAUUGGGUUCAAGAAUCAGCUCUGGCUGGGCCACUCAAGGACAUUCAGAGACUUGUCCCAAAGCCACUCCUGCAUUGUCUUGGCUGUUUGCUUAGGGUCGUUGUCCUGUUGGAAGGUGAACCUUCACCCCAGUCUGAAGUCCCUGAGUGCUCUGGAGCAGGUUUCCCUCAAGGAUCUCUCUAUACAUCUUUCCCUCAAUCCUGACUAGUGUCCCAGUCCCUUGUCGCUGAAAAACAUCCCCACAGCAUGAUGCUGCUGCUGCCACCAUGCUUCACUGGUGCCAGGUUUCCUCCAGAUGUGAUGCUUGGCAUUCAGGCCAAAGAGUUCAAUCUUGGUUUCAUCAGACCAGAGAAUCUUGUUUCUCAUUGUCUGAGAGUCUUUAAUAUCCUUUUGGCAAACUGCAAGUGGGCCUUCAUGUGCCUUUUUACUGAGGAGUGGACUCUGUCUGGCCACUCUACCAUAAAGGCCUGAUUUGGUAGAGUGCUACAGAGAUGGUUGUCCUUCUGGAAGGUUUUUCCAUCUCCGCAAGAGGAUCUCUGAAGCACUGUCAGAGUGGCCAUCGGGUUCUUGGUCACCUCCCUGACCAAGUCCCUUCUCCCCCGAUUGCUCAGUUUGGCUGAGCGGCCAGCUCUAGGAAGAAUCUUGGUAAUUCCAAACUUUUUCCAUUUAAGAAUGAUGGAGGCCACUGUGUUCUUGGGAACCUUCAAUAUUGCAGACAUUUUCUGGCACCCUUCCCCAGACCUGUACCUCUACACAAUCCUGUCUCGGAGCUCUACAGUCAAUUCCUUCAACCUCAUGGCUUGGUUUUUGAAUUGACAUGCACGUUCAACUGUGGGACCUUAUAUAGACAGGUGUGUUCCUUUUCUAAAUCCAAGUUGUAGAAACAUCAAGGAUGAUCAAUGGAAACAGGAUGCACCGGAGCUCAAUUUGAGUCUCAUAGCAAAGGGUCUGAAUACUUAUGUAAAUAAGGUAUAUUUUUUAUUUGUAAUACAUUUGCAAAAAUGUCGACCUGUUUCCGCUUUGUCAUUAUGGGUUAGUGUGUAGAUUGAUGAGGAACAUUUUUUUAUUUAAUCAAUUUUAAAAUAAGGCUGUGACCUAACAAAAUGUGGAAAAAGUUAAGGGGUCUAAAUACUUUCCGCAUGCACUGUAUGCUUUGAUUUGAGUUGGAUAAAAAGUGUGCCUUAGAUGUUUAAAGGAGACUUAAGUCUGUCUUCCCAAAUUGAAUACUUUUUGAAAGUAGCAUCAUGGAUAAUUAACACAGCGAAUCCCAAAAACAGAAGUCAAGUGACUAUGUAUGUGGGAGGAGUUGAGAGCACGAUAGUCUGAAAGUCAAGUCCUACUCUUCCCUUUACUAUACUAACAGUCAUGACCGUUGGAAAGGAUGCACUGUUUGACUGGCAGCCUGAGAAAGCACUGACAGGUGGUUCUGUUUACAUCAUUUGCCAAGCUCUGAUGUACAUACGGUAUACAUUGACAAGUUUUGUUUUCAAAAUCAUCUAAAUUAUUGCUGCUUUUUAGUGCAGUUCUUGAAACUACUACUGACCUUUGACUCUAUUGCCCAUUAUCUCUAGAUAACAAUGUGUCCCAAAUUGCAGCCUAUUCUCUAUUUUUGACCAAGUAGUGCACAAUAUAGGGAAUGUGGUCCCAUUUGGGGCACAGACAAUGUCUAGUUGAGUAUUGUAUGUUUAGGCCUAUUCAUGGAGUUUAAAGACUGAGAUGUAGACCCUGUCUUGCUGUAGAAUAAAUGACAGCAUUUCCCUUUUAAAGCUCUGUGUUCAAUUUGGACCCUAUAUGUUAUUCUGAUUUCAAUCAGGUGGGGUUUGAUUGUAUUACAAUUACAAAUUUGCAUUUGAUUAAAUCAGUGGUUAUCUAUUGUUUAACAGAUGUUAUCAAAGCAAAAUACCAAUGUUCCUUGUUUUUGCAUCAAUCAUCAAUAUUCUGUUAUUGUCUUCCCAUCCUGCCCUCUCAUUAACACUUCAAUGCUUACAGCAAGAUACAUGGCCAACAUGCAUAUCAUUUGCAUGUAUUUUCUUUGUAUUUUCAGGUUUCCUUUAGUGUUCUAUGGGUUGGUCUAAAAACACCACUUUGAGUUCUUAAGAAUUGAAUGACCUGUCAGUCUUACCUCUUGCUUGUUGUAAGGUUUUGGUUAUGCUAUAAAAACUGAGCGUUAUACGAAACAAUAUAUUUAGAACAUUAAAGAAAGCACUAAUGAAACACUGUUUUUGAUGAAAUAUUAGUGGUUUGGGCCACCAUGCUUUUACCUAUAAUUUACUCAAUCUGGGCCAUUUAGUUAUUAUUUUGAAAUGUUGUGUUACUAUACUGUAAAAUAAAUACAUUGGGGCUCACUGGAAAACAAAAUGUCUAUUGGAGUGCAAAUAUAGAAGGGCUGCACAUGGAACCACAAAAGAACAAUGUGUUAUGUUUAUUUUAUCAAAAAUAUGAAAACUAUGAAUAGAGUACACUCUGCUACCAUGGCUUUUAGUUUAUUUUUGUUCCUCUAAGUAGGCUGCUUUGUAAGUAAGAAUAUUUUGAGUUUCCCAACUUGGAUGUCAGCACUCUGCACAUUAAAUGUUGUCCUGUUUGAGAUUACAUUUGACACUGUACUUACUACUUAAAACACAUUUCUCUGGUUUCUAUAUCAUGUUACAUGUCCUUUCAUAGUUUUUAGGCUUUGUCAUGCUUCAUUUAAACCUUUUAUUCUUUGUGCUUAAUUUGUAGGUAUUCUGUUAGUUAGAAAAAUUAUAAUUAUUGUCAAUAUGUGAUAUCACACUAAAAGGACCAUCAUCGCCUUGGUCUUUUACUGGGAAAUUGUGCAGAAAUGUUUUGUAAUUCAACUUUUUUGCCUUGUGAAAAUAUGUAAAUAGUUUGAGAUGCAAUGUACAGAGGCGUAUAAAGACUGAUGGGCAAUUAAUUGAGGUUAUUUUCUUCUAAGUUACUUUUUUCCAAAGAGGCUGUUUUGUAGCUUGGCCACUGUAGAUGAAGAUGAAUUGUUAAAAAUGUUGGACCAGUUUAACGGUACAUUUCUGCCAUCACGACCAGAGCUCUGCAGUGUAAAAUGUUUGACGCAAUAAACUUUGGGGAAAAUGUG